GCGGGCGCAGAGCGCGAGGGGAGGAGCGGCCGAGGGAGGAUGUUCCCGGCGCGCGGAGCCCUGGGCGGCCCGGCGGAGCACGGCGGCGGGCGCGUGGCCAGCUGCGGGCUCUGCGCCGCCCCGCGGGCUCUGAGCGCGGGUACCGGGCUUUGUCUUGCGAGCCGCCUUCGUGGUGACGGUCUGGGGGCUCCGGGUCGGCGAAGGGCGCGGGCCGGACGCCGCGGGGCCCGGGCCCGGACGCGACGUUCGGAAGUGAAGGGGCGGACAAAAAAAGACCAAAUGGCAAAGCAACCUUCCGAUGCAAGUUCUGAGUGUGACAGAGAAGGUGGACAGUUGCAGCCUGCUGAGAGGCCUCCUCAGCUCAGGCCCGGGGCUCCAACCUCUGUACCGAUAGAACGGCAAGGUAAUCCUGAAGGUGAAGGGGACCGCUGCCCCCACAGCAGCCCUCAGGGCCCACUGGCCCCGCCUGCCAGCCCCGGGCCUUUUGCCACCAGAUCCCCGCUCUUCAUCUUUGUGAGAAGAUCCUCCCUGCUGUCCCGCUCCUCCAGUGGGUAUUUCUCUUUUGACACAGACAGGAGCCCAGCACCCAUGAGUUGUGACAAAUCAACACAAACGCCGAGUCCUCCUUGCCAGGCCUUCAACCAUUAUCUCAGUGCAAUGGCCAACCUGCGUCAGCCCCAGGACUUCCCCGUGGACCUGCGCCCGGAGAUCUGGAUCGCACAGGAGCUUCGGCGGAUCGGGGACGAGUUCAACGCCUGUUACCCACAGAGGGUCUUUCUGAAUAAUUACCGAGCAGCGGGUGCUCACCCCCAGAUGGUGAUCCUGCGGCUGUUGCGUUACAUCCUCCGUCUGUUGUGGAGGAUGCAGUGACGACGGGGUCCCCACAGAGCAAAGAUGUGUGCAGACAUUUCACGUGUUCAAGCCAACAGGCCUCCUGGCGCCAUUGCUGCCUUCGCCACGCAGCCCACGGUUCUUUCCCAGAGGGGCUGGCUGAUGCCCUGGCCACAGGACACUGCGUGCGGACUUGACCUUGUCUGCUCCUUACCACGCGGCAGUCUCUGAUGGAGCUUGUUGUGAAUGUAAACGAGAGGAUGCUCAAAAAGUAUACAAACCAUGGUUUUCUGGAGCAGGAUUUUAUGCAAGAAUGGUGUUUACAUGCAGUGUGGUUUUUUCCCACCUUCUUUAAUAAGAACAGGUUUUUUUCAAAAAGGAAAUGGAAAUUUUUAACCAACUCGUGAAUAAUUUUUGUACUAAAAUUUUAAGAACCUAUUGCCUAUUCUCAGAGGAUUACGUAAACUGCAGUGGAAACUGAGCCAGCUAAUUUCUGAAGCUGCCUUAGUUUAUUUUUAGAGGCUACUACACAGAAUUUUUCAACGGGAGAGGUAUGAUAUGACCCCUCCCUGCCAUUGCCUCUUCCACCUGUUUUUUUUUAAUCAUUAUUAUUAAUACCAAAAAGUUCUUAUAAAAUGGAACUUGAUAAAAGCGGCAGAGGGUCCUUUGUCAGCUUAUAUUGAUAUGCCACUCCCAUUUUGUAAAUAUUUACUUCCACCUUAAAUUCAGUUGCUUCUGUGGCAAAAUUUUGGUCUCUUUCUGUGUGUUUUUCCUCAUCUCCUUUUGUGAGGCUCCUCUCAUCCAUCUGGACGCCAAUGCAGUUGGGUCCAGUGCGUCUUCAUGAUACAGUGUGACUGGGUCAGGACGUGACAUCCCUGGUCUGUGUCACCCACAGCUCAGUCGCUGCAAUGGUAGCUUACUAACUGGGAAGUGCUUGGUACUGGUUCCCGUUGUGUUUGGUGGGCUUGAUAUCACAAGUGCUCUGAAGUGGUCAUAGCCGUAAUCACACAGAGUAUUAGGCCGCUGGGCACUGCUGGCUUUUCCAGUUGCAGGCUUUCCCCUCAUCACAGGAUGCACUCAGCAGGAGGCCCAGGUGUUGACAUGCCCACCUGCAGCUGCUGUGAGCUGCAGGUGUCCAGGGGAGAAUGGCACAGGCCUUGGGUGGGGCUUUAGAUAGCUGUUUCCUGGGCAUCCUGGCUUUUUUGUCCACCUCAGAGUUCCCCUGGCCUUUGGCACCCACUCUUGUAUCCACUUUGAAAUACAGGCUUUGUUCUGCUUUCAGCAGUGGCAUCCAGGCCUCCACUGGGCACAAGUCUGAGGCGGUCCCUUCUGGCAGAUGGCUGUUUUAGUUGUUCAUUUCUCUUAGGACAGUUGGUUUGUCAGGCCACCCUUCGUGAAUCCACUUCUUCCUCCACGCCGGCUGGUGAGGGUUGAUGAGUGUGGGCCCGUGGCAUGGUGGGUCAUCUUGAAGGCAGUUAAACAGCUGGGGAGACCUAAGAGAGAGAGAAGUUAGGAAGCGAGGAUGGAGGGGAGGUGCAGCCCGUUCUGUGAGCCCUGUAUGUCCUGCCGUUUUGGAAACCUCAGAUCAGGAAGCAGCUUUUCAGAAGACAUAUGUGAUUUUUCAAAGGCGUCAGCAGUACCAACAGCUGUUGUAUUUGCUUUUGGCCCUCGAAGGCUAGCAUUUCACAUUUUUAAAUGAAGUGAAAAUUAAUUCGUGUGUAUCUUCAUAGUUUCAUAUAAAUAUAUGUGUAUACAUAUAUAUGUAUGUGUGUAUAUACACUUCUUCCUUUAGGUAGAGGUGAGCCCAAAUAUUCUUUCUUUUAUUAAAUCUCCUUUUCCCCAAAUAUCUUCUUGGGGUCUUGAAUAUCUUUAAAGCUGUGUUGAGUCUCAGCUUGUGUUCUCGACAGGUCUGGAACCCCUAGCCGGGUCACAGAGGCCACACGGUUGUACGGUUGCGGUGGGAUGGCAGCCGUGGGCCUGCAGGACACACACGCCAAAGACGUAUUUGAUUCUGGGCCCGUCCCUCCCAGGAUCUCCAUGCUCAUGUGCCAGUCCCUCGGACUGGAGCACUUUACCUGCUUCUGGGGCCUGGGGCUCGCCGCCGCCGGUCUCCCUCUGGCUAGGCAGCUGGCCGCCACCGCGCCUCCUGAGGGAGUAGGAGGCUCUGAGCUGUCUGUCCUCAGAACAGGGUGUUACUCCAGGACUUGAGAUGACCGGGUGUCUCUGUACUGUAUGUGUCUGUUUUAUCAAGAUGCCUCCUGCAGGAAGGAUGCCUCCUGUGGUAUCCCUUCGACUUUUUGUUACUUCUUUUAUUUUCUUGUAGAAAAAAUGACUAGCUCCCUCUUGGAAGACUUAUGAAAUGCGGGUUUUGUGCCUUGACCACCUCUUCUCACGUGAGGUUUGUAGAAAGUGUCCUGUGAUUAUCACAGAAAUGCAAUAAACGCACCAGAAAUAACUUCAUGAGUGAUUCUUCAAGUUACCUAUACUCCUGCCUCAAAAUGAGUUCGUGGAGAUGAUGAUUAUUAUUUUUGGGUUGUUGAGAAACCAGGUAAAAAUCGCUUCUGAUUAAACAAAAAAAUGUACACAGUCCAGUACAACUUUCUCUUGCUUCCCCUUCUUAAUAUUGUAUAUAUUUUGACUAUUUAUUAGAUUAGGAGAUCAUAUUUUCCUUAUCAACUGAGCCAGAUGUCUGUGUGCAAUUGUGUUUUCUUUACCUUUCUUGUAAAAUUUUGUACAGCAUGAAUGAGCAAAAAAAAUCACUGUUUUUACUUAACUUUUUCAGAAUUAAGAAUUGUAAAUAUUGUAGAUUGUUUUUCUGUGUAAUGUGUCCUACUGGUUCAUAGUGCUGUAACUUGUAGAAAUAUUGUAUAUUUAUUUCCUGCUUAUUUAAUGUCUUAAGUUCUGGAAAGUGUUCACCACCCUGACACUCCCCAUCCUUGCCGUUCCCCCGUCAGUUGCUUUAACUCUGCGGUGGUGACCCUCAGCUCAUGACAGGCCAUGCAGUCUUCCAGGGUGGUCCCCCAGGCCUGGUGUUGGUCAAAUGGGCUUCGACUCCUAGGGCUUGCUGUCCUAAUGAGGAAGCUCAUGUUUAGACACCAGUGAGAGACCAUAAAUCUGGCGGGCUACAAAAUUCUCCAGCAAACAGCCACCGACUUUGUUCUUAAACAGGUAGCUAGCUUCUCGUGGAAGCGCGUCCCAUGAACUCCAGGUCAUGUCUUUACAAAAAUUGUUAUCGGCAAUUGGGGCAGAUGUUUCCAUUGAAAAUUUACCCCUGAGAACUCCAUGUUGAGAGAAAUAAAAUCAUGCCUCUGCUGGAGGAGCUGCCUGAGACCGUUGAGGGCAGGGGGCAGGGGCUAUGGGGCAGGUAGGAGGGGCUGCUCCUGCUUCCAGUACACCCACCCCCUCCCCCCACCUGCCACUAACCCUUCAGCGGCAUUUCCCCACCUGCUGUGUGGGUUGCUGUGCUCUGAGGAGUGGACUAAAUUGUCUUUAGAAGCUAAUUGUCCAGGCUCUCGAGCCCCCAAACCACUUGGUCAGCUUGUUCAAGUUGGUGUCCUGCUUGUUUGUCCAUCACCUGUGAGAGGCUGGGGGCCCCACUGGGGUGGGUGUUAAGACAUGGAUGCCUUAGAGAGAUGUCCGGUGGUCCCGGGUACAUAGCUCUGUCAUCAGUGCUGAUUUAGCCCGGUGCCUGUCUGCGGGGAUGUGUCCCCACGUGAUGCAAACCAGCUGGAUGGCUUGCGUGCCUGUCCCAACAGCAUUGCGUAUGAGGAGCACGUCCACGCUCCCAGCAGAGAAACUUGACUGCACUGGGCAAGUCCAGCCUUAGAAGCCCCUCAGUUCUGUGUCCAGAUCCUGUGACCACUCGUUACUGUAUCGGAACUCAUCAGGUACUCACCAUAACGAGCACUGACCCGUGUAUGCUGACGCGUCACUCCCAUGUCCCCAGGACCCAGCGUAUGUAGCAUUUGUAUUGCGAUUCCCCUGGCUGACUUGUGUUUUGCACUGAUGAAUUUUGACAGGGUAAUUGCCACUUUAUUGUGCAAUACUGCUGUAAAUACCUGCAGAUUUUUAAAAAACUUAAUCUUUUAUGUUCUUAAUGAAUUUUAUAUAAAUAAAACUUUCAACUAGU